AUGACUUCACCGGGUCCAGGAUUGUUGGUGUAUACAAUUUCACCCGAAAGUAUUCUUUCUGAACAUGGAAAGGUCAUUUUAUCGAAUUUCUUAAGGCUUCAAGGCGCGCCUCCUCUUAUCGAUUUCUUUACAAGGAUUAACAAACUACAUCAAAAUAUCCGUCAUAUGGUCAAUGCGGCCGAGAAAGCACUUAUCUAUGCUAAAGCUGGGGCCUCGGUCAUUUCAGUAUUAACUGAAUCUAAAUGGUUUAAGGGUAACUUUUCCAAUAAUCUUGGAAUGGAACCUUUGGUGGAAGUUAAUAACGAAGAAGAAAUGAGGAGGGCCGUGAAAUUGGGAGCAAAGGUUAUCGGAUUAAAUCAUACUUUUGACGUCGAUAUGAACACAACCUCCAGGUUGGCUGAAUUGGUUCCCGAAGGUGUUAUGUUGGUGGCUUUGAGUGGAAUUACCGGUCGUGCUGAUGUGGUUAGUUACCGUGAACAAGAAGAGGAGAAUGCAAAUGUAGAUAGCGCAACAUUAUCAUUGAAAAUCAAAGCACCAAGAAGUCCUUUAGUAAAAAUAUGCGGAAUUUUAACUAUUGAAGUGGCCAUUGAAGCAGCUGAUGCUGGGGCCGAUAUUAUUGGCCUUAUCUUUGCAAAUUCUAGAAGACAAGUUCUAUUGAAUCUAGCAUUGGAGAUUGUUAAUGUUAUUAGAGAAAUGCAAUCAGAAAAGACAAUUGAAAUUACUGAUGAUAAAGAUGAGUUGACACCAUGUGUUUUAAUUGCAUGCUACGAGAAUAAGUCGCGCUAG